AUGACAGCCCGAGAAAAGAAGUAUGAUUUCGAGGAGUUCAUCGAAAAAGAACUAAAAUUGUCUGAAACGGCCGAUGUCUACUGUCCAGCAUACCAAAAAGGGCAGUGUAGAGACAGACAUUGCAGGCUUAUCCACAUCAAGUUAGCUACUGCUGUUGUCUGUAAGCACUGGUUGAGAGGACUAUGCAAGAAAAAUGAGAAAUGUGAGUUCCUCCACGAAUAUAAUCUUAAGAAGAUGCCAGAGUGUUUCUUCUUCAACGUUUAUGGUGUUUGCAAUAACAGCGACUGUAUAUUUCUCCACCUCAGACCUGAUUCUGCAGCUAGAGAGUGUAUUUGGUACAAGCGAGGAUUCUGCAAGAACGGUGCCAGCUGCAAGAACAAGCACAACCGAGCUAUGAUGUGCUGGGAUUACUAUGCUGGGUUUUGCAAAAAUGGACCAUUUUGUAAAUUUGCACAUCCUAAAUUCGAGAUCAAAUUUGCAGAGGUGAAUGAUGAGGACAUUCUAAAUAGACCAAAGCCAAAUAUACACUAG